CUUCUGCUGUGUGACGUGGAGCUGUAAGCAGCGCUUCCGGGAGGGACACCGAGCCCAUCAGCUGCAGCAGUGGUGUGUGCACGGCCGCUUCUCCGUACAACAUGGGGGGUUUCUUUUCCAGCAUCUUCUCCAGCUUGUUUGGAACCCGGGAGAUGAGGAUUUUGAUUCUGGGUCUCGAUGGAGCUGGGAAAACCACAAUACUUUACCGACUACAAGUGGGAGAGGUUGUUACCACCAUUCCAACCAUUGGUUUCAAUGUUGAGACGGUAACCUACAAGAAUCUGAAAUUCCAAGUAUGGGACCUUGGAGGACAGACCAGUAUCAGACCAUACUGGCGCUGCUACUAUUCCAACACAGAUGCUGUAAUAUAUGUGGUAGACAGCUGUGACCGAGACAGGAUUGGGAUUUCUAAAUCUGAACUGGUUGCAAUGUUAGAGGAAGAGGAGCUGAAAAAGGCUAUUCUUGUGGUUUUCGCUAAUAAACAAGACAUGGAACAGGCAAUGACCCCCACAGAGGUAGCAAAUUCAUUAGGUUUACCCGCUUUGAAGGAUCGUAAAUGGCAGAUUUUCAAGACAUCGGCUACAAAAGGCACUGGCCUUGAUGAGGCUAUGGAAUGGUUAGUGGAGUCCCUGAAGAGCAGGCAGUAAUGUUAUCUUUCAAGAAUGUUUCUUACCUCCAGUGUAAGAAUGGCUCUGGAUGUACAUAAUCUGCACCAUCACCACCUAACUUUGCUCCAACAGUGACUGACAAGGGUGUCUGAAGUCUGUACCUUCUGUACCCAUCUCCAGUAGCACUGUAUCAUACUGCACUAUUCCUCGUGCCUGUCCUGUAGUGUAGUUUCACCUUAUUUAUGACUGUUUUGUAAUGGGAAUUACAAUGUGGGGGAUUGCACAACUUGGUUUUGAGAUCACAUAUCUGUCUCUGUUAUGUGAGAUUUUUAUUUUAGUGUAAAAACCUAAUUGAUUUAGACGAUGGCCAGCUGGACGAAUGGCCCUCGGCUGUGUAAAGAUUGUACUCUGAAAUCCAUCUGUAUAGAAUAAACAUUUAUAAUUGGAA